AGCCACGGUGGUGUCCUGGGCGAAAGGCAUCGUCCCUAGACGAGGAAUGGCCUUCCGGGUCCCCGUCUGGAGGGGGGUUGGCCGCCCUCAGCUGGUAGGCGUGAUCAGGGUCCGGGGAGUCCGAGGAUCUCCAGUAUCUUCUGAACCGGGGACAGAUGAAAAAGAAGGCCAUUGGCGCUGUCGGAUCAACCGGGAGCCAAAAAUAUGGUCUUCCUUGACAAGAUGAUAGCGUCGCUAGUUCGAUGCAUGGUGAAGACCGACAGAGUCUUCUGGCAGCGGCUGGUGAAAGACGGCGGGCGAUGCGACAUCCUGAAAGGAAGGCGCGAGGCGUGCUCAAGAAGCAGGAGCGACUGCUGUGGUUGUAUGUAGCUGCUGCUCUUUCCACAAUUGGCCCCGUGGUCGUUGCGUUGCUUCGAUCGGCCUCUGCUCCGUACGGAGUACAGUCGGUGACAUUGAGUCGUUGACACCUCCCUUGUCGGCGACAUUGGCGGCCUGUCGGUGAGGACGUUUCCCCAGACGUGCGCCAAAGAUACUCCGCAUCCCGAAAUGGACCCGAAUGUUAUCUUCGGAAGCCGACAGCUUCCAGCGAGGACCGUCGGGUUGCACGCAACAUCUGGGGUUGUUGGGACCUACAGUCAGGGUCGGUGUCAACGGACAGCCAGACGUGGAAAGGAGACCCCGGAUGUCUACGAUGAUAUAUAUGCCCGUCUGAACGAGCAUCCCGCCCGCGAACGACGAACUCCACGCAUCUAAGUAUCUAAGUAAGUAUCUAC